GGGAGGGGAAACCCCCGCCCGCCCGCCCGCCCGCUUCCGUGUGUCGGGCGGCGAGGUGCGGGUGGCGGCUAUGGACCCCGGGCGGCCGCCAGUGAUCGAGGGCUUCGAGCCCAGCGCCGCGCACCACCAGGAGCGCUUCUCCGACAAGUUCAAGCGCAAGAUGCGCGAGAACCCGCUCGUGCCCAUCGGCUGCCUGGGCACCCUGGGGGCUCUGACCUACGGCCUCGUCUGCUUCAAGAAGGGCGACAGGCAGCAGUCGCAGCUGAUGAUGCGGGCCCGGAUCCUGGCGCAGGGCUUCACCAUCGCCGCCCUCAUGGUGGGGGUGGUGGUCACGGCUCUGAAACCCGGGAGAGGAGGCCAAGCCGUGGGCACCGGGACCGCCCCGGCUGCAGCCAAUACACCUCCGUGAUUCAACCCCAA